GAAGAAGCAUUGCUGUUGAACGGAAGCUCUGCAGUCCUUUCUGAUCGAGGACAGCCAUCAUGGUGUUCAAGCGCUACGUUGAGAUCGGCCGCGUUGCUUACGUGUCCUUUGGGCCUCACGCUGGCAAGCUUGUGGCCAUCAUCGAUGUCAUUGACCAAAACAGGGCUUUGGUGGAUGGGCCCUGCACUGGAGUGAAGAGGCAGUCUAUGCCCUUCAAGUGCAUGCAGCUCACUGACUUCGUCAUCAAAGUGCCACACAGUGCUCGUCAGAAGUUUGUGAGGCGUGCCUGGGAAAAGGCUCAGGUCAAUGAGAAAUGGGCUGAGACAAGCUGGGCCAAGAAGAUCGAAGCCCGACAAAAGAGGGCCAAAAUGUCAGACUUUGACCGCUACAAGGUGAUGAAGGCCAAGAAAAUGAGGAACAAGAUUAUCAAGCACGAAGUCAAGAAGCUCCAGAAAGAGGCAGUGAAAAAGGCAUGAAUUAUCAAAUAAAAUUACCUGACUUGUA